GCAGACCCACGAGCACAUGACUUAUCAUCACGUGAUCUGUCGUUGCUUUAUAUAGCCAUCGGCGUGUUCUUCGCCUGUUGUUUAUUUCCGCCCAGUGGAACUUUUGGGGAGCGAGACACACUUUCAAACAGCACAACUGCCAGCAGACAAACGACAGAAUGUGGCGCCUGGCUUUCCUGUGCGUGAUCUCGGCCCUUUCAGUUAGCUGGGCUCGACCUCGCCUCGCUCCUCUGUCCCAUGAGAUGGUCAAUUUCAUCAAUAAAGCAAACACUACUUGGAAGGCUGGACACAACUUCCGUGAUGUUGACUACAGCUAUGUGAAGAGGUUGUGUGGGACUUUUCUGAAAGGACCCAAACUCCCUGUCAUGGUACAGUAUGCGGGUAACCUCAGGCUCCCCACUAACUUUGAUGCCAGAGAGCAGUGGCCCAACUGCCCCACUCUUAAAGAGAUCCGAGACCAGGGUUCUUGUGGUUCAUGCUGGGCAUUUGGGGCUGCCGAAGCCAUCUCUGACAGAGUAUGUAUCCACAGCAAUGCUAAAGUGAGUGUGGAGAUCUCUUCUCAGGACCUGCUUACCUGCUGUGACAGCUGUGGCAUGGGAUGUAAUGGUGGAUACCCCUCUGCUGCUUGGGACUACUGGAGCACAGAGGGUCUGGUCACCGGUGGACUCUAUAACUCCCAUGUUGGCUGUCGUCCAUACACCAUUGAACCCUGUGAGCAUCAUGUGAAUGGCAGUCGCCCUCCUUGUACCGGAGAGGGUGACACUCCCAACUGUGAGAUGUCCUGUGAAUCUGGCUACAGCCCUUCUUACAAGGAGGACAAGCACUUUGGAAAGACGUCCUAUAGUGUCCCAUCUGAUCAGAAUGCCAUUAUGCAAGAACUCUUUAAGAACGGCCCAGUUGAGGCAGCCUUCACGGUGUAUGAGGACUUCCUGCUGUAUAAAUCUGGUGUAUAUCAGCACGUGAGUGGAUCUGCACUAGGUGGUCAUGCUAUUAAGAUCCUGGGCUGGGGAGAGGAGAAAAGUGUCCCUUACUGGCUUGCUGCUAACUCCUGGAACACUGACUGGGGUGACAAUGGAUUUUUCAAGAUUCUCCGAGGUGAGGACCACUGUGGCAUUGAAUCUGAAAUUGUUGCUGGAAUCCCAAUGUAACCACAAAA